AUGGCAUCUAGCCAACAAAGGCUCGACAAUGAGCGACGCAAUUCAAUAACAUCCACGAUUUCCUUGUGGGAUAAAUUACCUGAAACAAAAUCGGCGCCUGUCGAUAUUGCCAACGAUAAUGAUUUUAUUGAUGAAGAUGAUCCUACGGAAAAUGAUACUGAAGAAGAAGUUGAUAUUCUAGACAAUAAUCCACCAACAACUAUGCAUAAACGUUUUGCAUCAAGUUUAAAUCUUAAAAAUUUAGAACAAAGCGUUCAGCUAUGGCAAUUUGAAGAGUAUGAUCAAAUUAAAAUUAUUGCGCACCAGGAAGAUAUGGGAAGGGCUAAAACUGAACUUCAACGACGUUUAUCAAGUCAAGAACUUCGUUGGAUACCCAACGAUGGCGAAAGAAUUCGUUCAUGGCAUCUUGGUUUAUCAUUUCUACGUUUUCAACUGAAACGUACGCAGCAGAUUGAUAUGAUUCUGUUAACUUCUAUCCGACCAUUCGCUUGUUGGUUCAGGUUCAAAAAUACAGUAGAAGAGCAGCAGAACCGACGUGUUGUAACACAAACUGAGCGGCUUCAACCGAUUCGAUAUGGACAUCCGCCACGUUUUCGUAUUUUUCUUCGUUACGGUGCACUUAUUGAACUCGAUGAAUUUUGUUACUCGUCGCAACAUUCAUGGUCAAACAACCUUCCAACGAGAUUCGCACUAUUUAUUGACAAUGAGCGUUCGGGUGGAACCAUCGAAUGGGUGAUAGAAUACCCUGAAAAUCGAAUAAAGAAACAAUUAUUAGCAAAAAAUGUGGAUCGUUAUGUUAUUAUUCAUUUGCUACCCGACGGAUUUGCGAUGUAUAUUUGCCAAAAGUGUAAUAUGAAUGAAUUUAUCGCAGUAGCUGGAAAACCAAGAAAUGUCGUCAGAAGUCCUUCUCAUCCCAGUUCCGAUCCCCUUCGGGGUCCCAUGCGCUCUCGGGGUCUCAUUCGUCCGUUACUUGUGGCUGCUCCAGUAAGACAACGACCUUCUUAUGAUAAGUAUAAACGAAUCGGCACACGUGAAGGAAUUCAUUUUCCAACUGUGCAGUUUGAAUUUCGUAUCGAUCCCAAUCAAUUAGCGAACGAACAAGCUAGAAAUGCUGUUCAACGUACAUAUAACGUGCUUGUACAAUUUUUCACUUCUCACCAUAUUAAGAUUUGUUAUGGAAGAAUAAACUCAAAUCCAGGUCCUCAAAUCGAUUUGCUGUCUACUUUAAAAUUACCAAGUCUUAUCAUGAAAUAUUCUUGGCAAAUGCUUUUGAAUAUUGGCUAUCGUUUACAAGUUCAAAUAGAUCAUCAAUUCUGUGAUGAUUUAUCUCUGUUGAGUAGAGAAAAAUGGAAUGCAGAUGAUUUAUUUUAUCGUGUAUGCGUUUAUCUUUGGCGUCUUUUUACACUUGAACCUUUUGUUAAUUUAUCGGAAAAAUUAAACGAAGCUAUAGCAGAAUCAAAGCGUAAACGAGAAAAUAGUACUUUUGGGCUAAUCAAUAGUUUGAAUUGUGAGUACAACACUGAAACCUAUGUACCAUCGGUAACAUUGACACCGACACUUAUUCGAAUAAAGCCACUCAAAUUGUGUCGAACUAAUCGAGUUUUGCGAGCUACCCAAGAAUUUGGCAACGCAUUGGAACACUUUGCUCUUGUCGAUAUUCGUGACGAAAAUGGUGAACGAUUACAAUCUUUUCAUUUUCGAGAUUUACAUGGUCAUUUUCUUGAAUAUUUGGAACGCGGUUUUCCACUUAUGGAUAAUAAUCGAGCCUAUAGAUACCUGCAUCAUUCCCAAUCACAAAUACGAUCGAGUCAAUUUUGGUUUUACCACCAUGAACCAGGCUUAAAUCGUUCAUUAGAUGAAGCUUAUGAAUGGAUGGGAACAUUUGACGCAGAGAGAAACGUCGCAAAAAAUGCUUCUCGAAUAGCUUUAUGCUUCUCGACAACUACUCCGACUAUUGAAAUAGAUCCCCAAUAUGUUCAUUCGAUACCGGACAUCAAGACAACAGAUGAGAAAUUAGUGUUCACAGAUGGAUGUGGUACUCUAUCGGAAAAAUUAAGCCAUGAUAUUCGAAAAAGCCUUGGCAAGGGACCCUUUAGUGUCGUUCAAUUUCGGUAUGCAGGUGCUAAAGGUGUUGUUAGUGUCAAUCCACAACUUGGACCAGGUUAUCGUCUAUGUAUUCGUCGUAGUAUGGAUAAAUUCGUAAGCGAACAUCGAUGUUUCGAAGUCUGUAAAGUAUCUGCACCGCGAUCACUCUAUCUCAAUCGGCAAGUCAUUCUUCUUUUAUCAAAUCGUCGUGUAGCUGAUUCUGUCUUUCUUAUGCUUCAACAGCGUAAUAAUUUCGCUCUCAUUCGAUCUCUAUUAAGAAACGAUGAUGCCAAAUAUUUACUUGUCGAAAAACUCCCAUAUUGGUUUUUACCUAUUGGUGCAAAGAUCGAUUUUGUUCAUGAACCCUUCUUUCGACAAGUACUUAUAACUGCAUGUCUUAGUUCUGUAAGAGACAUACUCCGACGAACACGUAUUUGUGUUUCACGCAAUAAAGCUCGAAAUAUGUUUGGCAUUAUAGAUGAAUACAAUGUAUUAAAACCAGAUGAAGUUUUUGUUCAAUACACGCAACUUCAUGAUCGUGAAGAUGCAAACGGGCGUGGGAAAAGUAAAACUACACGAAUUCUUCAUAAUUGCAAAGUUGUUGUUACAAAAAAUCCUUGCCAUCAUCCUGGUGAUGUCCGAACAUUUACUGCAGUCGAUCAUGCAGCUUUAAAACAUCUCAAAGAUGUUAUCGUCUUUUCUCAGCAAGGCAAUUGUCCAGCACCACAUCAAAUCAGUGGAUCUGAUCUUGAUGGCGACGAAUAUGCAGUGAUAUGGCAUGAAGAUCUUGUUCCACUUCAAACUGAUAAUGCGGAACCAUACAACUACGAUUCAAAUACAAAACCUAUGGAACUCGAUCGACCUGUGGGACGAAGCGAUAUACAUGAUGUAGUACUAAACAUAGCUGAGAGUGACUUUUUAGGGCGAUUGUCUAAUUUACAUUUGGCUUACGCAGAUCUUUUUGGAGUAGAUAGUGACAUAAAACCGCAAGCAGAUGUCUUAUCAACUAUUGGACUAGCCGGAGCAAUCAGCGAAGAAGUUGAUAGUGGAAAAACUGGAGUACAUCCAUUAAAUGAUAUGAAGAUAAAGAAACAAAAAGACGCAUUAGGAGACAGCCGGCCAGAUUUCAUGGAAAAUGCAAAUAUGAAAUCUUAUAGAUCUGACAAGAUACUUGGAAAACUCUAUCGUGCAUCACGUCGAACAUUACCUCUCUGGAAUAAGCUUCUUCGACGACAUCGUUAUUUACGUCAUUUACAGGUUCGAACUCCUGAGGAUGAAGAUGAAGAGCAAGAUCAGGAAGUGGUCGUCGAGGAUGAUCAAGCAAACAUGAUUCCGCUGGAUUCUUCUCUUCUUACUACAAAUCAAUCUAGUGUAAAUCAUGAAAUGUCAGCAAUUGCAUCCCAACUAUUUUAUGUUUAUCGACAAGAAAUGCUUGAAAUUCUUAAUCUAUACGGACUUUCACAUGAAAGCGAUCUAUGGUGUCGGCAGGCAACAAAUAUUGCGGGUAGUGAGCUUGAAGAUACAGCUUUUACUCAACUCGAACAGCUUGUUACGCGUACACGUGACGCUUUCUCCAUGCACUUAAUGUCAUUUUGUCCAGAUGAUAACAGUAACUGUGAUGGAACUACAGCUUUCGAAAGCUUAUGUGAUUAUUGUCAACACUUGCAUAAUUCGGUAGCUUCUGCAUUGUAUCGCGAAGCAUAUAGCGGACAAAACGGGUUGGAACGAGCCCCUAUUCUAAGUUUGCCAUGGUUAUUUGCUGCAGCACUUUUAAAGUCGCACAAAAGAGAGCUAACGCCAAUGCAAGGACUACUUAGUGUAGGAAUGCGAGCUGCAAUCAAUUUGCUCAUUGAAAAUAAUCGAUUAAAAUUGGAUGGAUUGACGAUAGAAUUUCGCACAUCGAAAAAUGAUCAGCUAAUAGCAAAUAUAGAUUGCACUGUGUGUGUUUUUGUUGAAAUUCUCCACCGUUGUCUCAAGCCAAAGUCUUUUACUUUGUGGCCGAUGAUACUGAGCAAAUUCAUACGUGAAACAAAGUCAUUCACAUGCGAAGCAUCAUCCGUAGAGGAAUACAAUACAAUUGAUGAUUGGUCAUUAGUCUUUAGCAAUCACGAUCAGGACGAUAUGUAUGUUGCGACGCUCAUAUCAAUACAGUGGACCGAAGAUGUUGAUGAAUUAAUGCACUCGUAUUUUGAAAACAUUCUCGAAAUAUGCUUUACUCUUAGCCAAUCAAUGGAAGAUGAUAACAAUGAUUAUCUUCGAGUGAGCGAAGAAAUCAUUCUAAUACUUCAACGAAUAGCGAUCGAAGAAACACCUUUCCCGAAAAAGCACAGAAAAUAA